GCCUGAGACUACAAGAGGUAGCCAUAUCAAGACUAGCCUACAAAAUACUUCAAAUCACCAUUUUAUGAAAACAACAUUGCUUAGUAGACCAAUGCCUGAAAAAAUCUAAAGCCAAAGCAGAACACAAAAGAGGACAGGUUGAGGCUGAUUUCCAAAGCCUAAGAAUAGGAAGAAGUUCACCUUCAUUUCCAGUCGAGCAUACGAACAGAACAUGAGAAAAAUAAAAACGAAAGGCCACACCAACUAUCACGACCCGAAUCCCGGGUUCAUGACCGGUAAUACAGGAGCGGUGUUAGAAGGAUACUCCAUCUAUGAGCAAAGUAAAAACAGCUUGUGCUUCUUGUCUUAGAGCUGGUUUUACAGUACAGUCGUUGUUGGUGUAUGCUGAUGGUAAUCAAACUCAUGCUCAAGAUUGUUUUUACUUUGCUGUUCUUUAUGCUGCUGGUAUUGUUAACGAGUUUGGUCCUGAAAGUGAUGGUGUUGUUUCAUGUAUAUUUGGUUUGGAAUUGAAUUCAAGUGUUGGUUCAGCUAGCAAUUCUCAUUCUGCUCUUGUUUUUGGCUUGACUUGUGCUGGUGUUGCUAUUUUCGUAAUCUCUAGUUUGUUAGGAUUGUAUCUUUGGUAUGAUAAGAAAUGGGAACAACAAGGGUCUAGGCCUAAACUGAGGCCGAAUACAGGGUCAAUUUGGUUUAAAAUUCAGGAUCUUGAGAAGGCAACAGACAAUUUCUCGCAGAAGAAUUUUAUUGGGAGAGGCGGGUUUGGUUUUGUUUACAAGGGGGUUUUAUCUGAUGGGACUGUGGUGGCUGUUAAAAGGGUUAUAGAAUCUGAUUUUAAAGGUGAUGCAGAGUUUUGCAAUGAGGUUGAGAUUAUUAGCAACUUGAAGCACAGGAAUUUGGUGCCACUCAGAGGGUGCUGUGUGAUUGACGAUGAUGUAAAUUCUGAUGAGAGAGGCAAUCAGAGGUAUCUUGUUUGUGAUUACAUGUCAAAUGGGAAUCUUGAUGACCAUUUAUUUCCAUCAUCGGUUAAUCAAAUUCAAAAGCAAUUGUUAAGUUGGCCUCAAAGAAAGAGCAUAAUUUUGGAUGUGGCAAGGGGAUUAGCUUAUUUGCACUAUGGAGUCAAGCCUGGAAUAUAUCAUAGAGAUAUCAAGGGGACAAAUAUAUUGUUAGAUGCUGAUAUGAGAGCAAGAGUUGCCGAUUUUGGGUUGGCAAAGCAAAGUAGGGAAGGGCAGUCUCAUCUUACUACAAGAGUGGCUGGAACUCAUUGGUACUUAGCACCCGAAUAUGCUCUUUAUGGUCAACUGACUGAGAAGAGCGAUGUUUAUAGCUUUGGGGUGGUUGUUUUGGAGAUAAUGUGUGGGAGAAAAGCUCUUGAUUUGUCUUCUUCAGGGUCACCUCGUGCGUUGUUGAUCACAGACUGGGCCUGGUCAUUGGUGAAAGCUGGAAAAGUGGAACAGGCUUUGGAUGCUUCUUUGUUGAGAGGUGGUGAUUCUUCAAACUCAAAUCCGAAGGGGACAAUGGAAAGGUUUGUGCUGGUUGGGAUUUUGUGUGCUCAUAUAAUGGUGGCUCUAAGGCCAACCAUUCUGGAUGCGCUGAAAAUGUUAGAAGGAGAUAUUGAAGUUCCACAGAUUCCAGAUCGACCAGUGCCUCUUGGGCACCCUUCGUUCCAAGCUGAUGGCAAUAAUUUCAGCAUCUCACCAGUAUUGAGUGGACCAAAAUUACAGUCUGGAGACAUGCUUAGGUAAGCACUAAUGUCCUUAAAUGUCUUUCUUCUGCAUUACC